UCAAAAGUGACGGGUGGGACAGCCACUGGCCAAGUGGGGAUCAAGAAAAAAUCUAAGGUCCCCGGGGUGAUGAUUACACAGUUUAUUGAGACGCUUCCAGAGGGAAAGACCCAUCCAGACUUCACCCGCAAGCCAAUUGCUUUGACCAUCCAAGAGGGAAAAUUUGCUUUUUUUAAAGCCAUUGUCACCGGAGACCCAAAGCCAACUGUAACAUGGAGCAGAAAUAAUGGAGACGUGUCUGAUACAUCAAGAUACCAGACUAAAUACGAUCCCAAUUCCAAUGAGCAUACAUUUGAGAUGCCAAAUGUUACGCCAGAACAAGCUGAUACCUAUAAAUGCUUUGCCACAAAUGAAUUUGGACAAGCCAUGGUCACAGUUGUUCUGAAUGUUAUUGAAGUUGGUUACAAAAAGAACAAAGCCCAGCAACAAACAGCAGAAGCUACUGAUGGGGACUUUAAGAAGGUAUUAAAAAGGAAAAGUAAAAUCCGUCCCAAGUCUGAGCCAACUGAGAAAAAAGAAGGGGAGAUUGAUCCGAAAUUUUGGGAGCUGUUACUUAGUGCUGAUAAGAAAGACUAUGAGAAAAUCUGUUCAGAGUUUGGAGUUACCGACUUUCGCUGGAUGCUCAAGAAACUGAAUGAAAUGAAGAAGGAAAGGGAGGAAGAACAAGCUGCGUUCAUCAAAAGCCUGUCUAACCUGAAACCUAUUCAGGUCAAUGCAGAUGGUACUGCAUCCUUCGAGAUUGACAUGGAUCUUCUUGACCCAAGCAGUUCGAUCUUCCUAUACAAGGAUGGUGAAAUGAUUCCAUACACAAAGGAGUUGGGGGAUAAGAUGAAGCACAGCCUUAGAAGAGUGGGGAAAAAGUAUAUUUUCAGUAUGAGGGACCUUAUGCCAGACGAUGCUGGGCUGUACCAGUUGGACGUAGAGGAUGUGAAUAUGUUUUCCACUGAAUUUAAAAUCCCCAUGGUGGAUUUCUUGGUGAAACUUCAAGAAGUGAAGGCAAUGGAGAGAGAGGAUGCUGUGUUUGAGUGUGUCCUGUCAAAUCCCUUCUCCAGGAUUUUGUGGUUUGGCAAGAAUUUGCCACUGGAACAAGGGGAUAAAUACGAUAUUGAGGUCUCAGAGGACAAACUCAUUCACAGGCUGGUGGUCAAGGACUGCAUGGUGGUAGACAAAGGAAUUUACUCUGCCUGCGCAGGAAUAAAGUCUUGCAAUGCAUGGCUUGUCGUUGAAGCUGACAAAGACGCGCAAAAGGGCAAAAAAUCAGCGAGGAAAACAACGAGGGCAGGAGGAUCUGGAGUGGACUUGCAGAAGAUUGCCCAAGAGCAACAAGCAAAAUUAGAGAAGGAGAGAGAAGAAAUAAACGAACAGAUUAAAGCUGCUAAAGAAGCUGCGGCAGCCGCACCUCCACCUGAAACCCCUGGAGCUCCUGCACCUACUAAAGCUCCAGCUGCAUCUAAGGCAGCCAAAGACUCUUUGCCAAAGCCUGGAAUUACCUGUGGACUCUCUGAUAUUUACGCUCUUCGUGAAAAGCCGGCUGAAUUGAAUGUGAAGAUGAACAUGGACUGUGAUGGCUCCUGGUUCAAAGAUGGAGAGCAGUUAAACUCAGGUCAUGCGGUCAACAUCGCCAAAGAUGGAAGUUCUCACAAACUGACAAUUAAGAGAUGCAUGGAUGACGACUCUGGACUUUAUCGUUUUGUAUCAGGGGAACAUAGUACACAAGGAAAGGUCACUGUUGGAGAUGUACCUGAAUUUGACCCGGAUGACCUUCACAAGUUCUCCAAACCUGUGGUAGUAAGAGUUGGGCAGAACGCGGCUUUCAAGAUGCCCUUUGCUCCUCAGGAGUCUUUGGUGGUCAGUUGGUUUAAGGAUGGCACUGAGAUUAAAGAUGGAGGAGGAGUUAAGAUUGUGAGGGAGCCCAAUCACAGCCGGCUGCUGCUCAGAGACUGCCUGCGGACAGACACAGGGGAAAUAAAGAUUCAACUCAAAAACCCAUUUGGGGCCGUGGAGGCCACAUCUCAGCUUAUUGUGCUCGAUCGUCCAGGCCCACCAGAGGGUCCAGUGGAGACUGUUGAAACCACCUCAUCUAUAAUUGAGAUCAAAUGGAACCCGCCCAAAGACGACGGCGGCUCAGCUGUCACCAACUAUAUUAUAGAGCGGCAGCAGGCAGGACAGGCUCUGUGGGCGAAACUUGGGGAUGUCUCUGCUGACAGGACCUCCUUCAGAGACAGGAAUGUGACUCAUGGAAAGAAAUACAACUACCGCAUCUACGCAGAAAACCCUGAGGGUCUCAGCGACGCCCUGGAGACAGCUGAUAGCAUUAUGGCUGGCAUAAUGAUACUCUCCGGUCCACCUGGUGCCCCCAAAGUGGUCAGUGCCUCUAAGACCUGUAUCAAUUUGACCUGGACGCCUCCAGAGGACGACAGAGGAGUACCGAUUAUUGGUUAUCAAGUGGAGAAACGAAAGAAGGACACACAUCAGUGGAUUGCCCUGAAUGCACUUAAUGAACCGAUCGAGGAUGUGAAGUAUGCAGUUAAAGAUAUCACUGAGGGAACAGAGUACGAGUUCAGGGUUUCAGCAAUCAAUGAGUCAGGAUCUGGAGAUCCGAGCCCUCCAUCUGCAAUGGUGUGCGCAAAGAAUCCCAACAUGAGACCUCAUUUUAAAGACCCAGAGGACUUCAUUGUUGUCAGAGCAGGAAAUUCUGCUCGCGUCAAAAUUUGCUAUGAGGCUGAACCUCCACCUCAGAUCACCUGGCUGAAAGACGAUGAGCCAAUAUCUCCGUGGAUUAAUAUCGUCAAUACAGAGGGAAUGUCUCAGCUUGUUAUUCCCUCAUCAAAGCGGUCAGAUUCAGGCAUCUACACUAUCAAAGCCAAAAACUCUGUGGGUGAGGCUUCAUUUGACAUUGAGGUUAGAGUCACAGACGAACCCAAGACUCCAGGGCCAGUGGAGUUGGAGCAAACAGUCUAUGGCAAAGUGGUGGUAUCAUGGGCUCCCUCUCCAGACGAGGAGCUCGAUGACCGCCUGUACUAUAUGGUGUCUCAACGCGACUCCAACACCAGAGUGUGGAAGACUGUAGCAGACCGCCUCUUCGCUCACACAUACACAGUCAACAACAUCCUUCCUGGGAUAGAAUAUCAUUUCCGGAUCUACGCCAAGAACGACAUGGGCCCCUCAGAUCCAUCUCAGUCACCUACAUGGGGCGCCAAUAGCAACAGAGUUCAAAUAGCUUCAAAUGGAGCUAAUUCGGCGGAUGUCUGCUUUGAGAGGCCUCCAUCCAUCUUGGUCCCUCUGAAAGUCCACACACCACCUAAAGGUUACCAACUUUUCAUGACAUGCGCUGUCCGAGGAUGCCCUACGCCCAGUGUAUCCUGGUACCUGAACGACGUCUGCAUCAACUCAGACAACAACUACUACAUCACCAACUCAUUUGGUGUGUGCUCCAUGUAUAUCCUCAGAGUCCGACCAAAGGACGGCGGUGAAUAUAAGGUAGUCGCAGUCAACUCUUUCGGCAAAGCUGAGUGUUCCUCUAAACUUAUUGUUAGAGAUUAA